AUGCCGUGGGAAUACAAGUCUCUCUACUCCAGGACUCCUCGCUCGUUCCUCUUCGCCGUCGUCGCCAAUGUCGGCCCCGGCGGCGCCAGCCGCUCCCUGGCCGUGGCCUACCGCCAGCACCACGACGAAUACAAUAGCGAAGAGGCAUCAGGCGCACGAGUGCACCAUCUGGUGACCGACACCCUUGCGCUCAUCGAAAUCUUCUCGGAUCCCGCGAACCGCGCGCCGCUGGAGGCAGAGAGGGCGCUUGCGGAGGACUGGUAUCGUCGGUCUCCCCAUGAGCCGCCGGUUCAUGAGCGGCCCAGCAUCCCCGACACCGCGCAGCCCCCGUAUAUGCCCUGUUUCGAGCGUCGGGUGCCAGUGCAACAACAGCCCCCGCUGCCGUGGCGGGGUGAUACGCUCAGCCAGUUUCCCUUCGUGGCGACCUGUGUUUUGCUGGCAUUGUUGCGCGACGAUCGCGCUGCUGAUGCCACCCGCCUCGGCGACGUCCAGUUCCAGCCGCUAUCGACCGUCUUCCGGGCGGACUGCACGGAAUAUGGCCUGGUCGUCCUCGACAUCUCCGACCUCGACCGCGGUGUCCAGUACGGCAUUGCUGCCUUCCCUAUACACUACAUGGCCACGGUUUGGGACCUCGACGAGAACAUGGACUGGGAUCCGGUCGAAGACGACCAGCCGGAAAAGGUGGAUAUCGUACUUGUGAGCCCGCGGCCUCGAGUGCCUUUGUCAAUUGCGCAGUGGGUCAGGAAAUAUUACAGCUGGUCGGGUCUGGAAGACCACCCUGGUAUCCUCCGACUGGAGGAGAGGCCGCUGGCGGAUGCGGCAGCCUUGGAUUACUUCCGACCUUCAACAAUGGCCACCCAAAUCGAGGCCAGAUCCACCCUCCGAUUCCCGUCUGAUAUUGUAGGCCACCCCAUGGUAGACGAACCGCCGCGAGAUAGGUCUAUAGACGAUGCAAAGGAUGAUGGAUCAACCACCAGCGCCUCGAGCGUGACCACAUCAAACGAGCCGCCGCAGAAUGUCCCCGUGGGCAUAGAUCGCACAAUCGAUGACCUGCUGGUUCUCACCCAGGAGCCCGUCUCCCCUCCCCGCGAGAAACAAGCGCUCGCUUACCUGCAGAUGCUGGUCCCGUUCCGCGAGAAGCUGCGGCAGCGACUCGAAGAGUUACCUGACAGCCUCGGCCCCUCCACAAUCUCCAGCUAUAUCCUCCGCGUGGCAUACACGGAACACAGCCACCUCAACUGGGUGGUGUUUAGGAGCCUGCCGCCUCGUGUGAUUGCGGCCGUGGUUGUAUCGGAUGAGCUUCGGGGUGCGUCUGCGCUUAGCCUCUGUGUCGAUACGUGGGCCGGAGAUAGGGAAGAGGGAGCGUCAGAGCUGGUUGACCUCGCCGCGGCCCUAGCACAAUCCACCCAGCUACAACAGCUCUACUUCUUACAGCGACCGGACUGGACCCCCAGCGAUAUCUCGGCUCGUUUCUGCUCGCGGCUUCUGCGGCUGUGGGGGCGGGUAUCAGGAGGAGAAGACUGGGAGUGGCUCAGGCCUAAAACUAUCCAUUCGACCUCGGCCUUCUUGACCGGCUUACGCAGCCGCAAGUUCCUCACAUCACCCUCGAUAAUAGCUUCGGGAUCCAGCUUCCCCUCGGCCGCCCCAGUCUUCCCUAUGAUUCAUCUAUUCACGUUCCUCGGUCCCCAGCGCGACGAUAUCCCGGACGCAGCUGCAGACCACCUCGUCCCCCCUGCUCGUCCCGGGUACAGCGCCUACUACUCUAUAGACAAUACCGGGUUCACCGCCGAGAACUUCGCCGUCCGAUUCUUGGACUACCUCCGGGCGUUGGGUCCGUAUUCGGAUCUCGACAAGGCCAUCUUACGAAUAGCAUAUCAUGGGGCUUUCCCGUCGCUCGCGUCCACGGCCGACGACAGCGAGCAACACCGCCGCCAGCACGACUGGUCGCCGCCCCGGAGACCGCCGCCACCAUCGCCGCUCCGGCCAUCGCUAGAUCCAUUGGGCGUGAGACCUAUUCCCGCCGGAUUCUUCGACGACAAGCUCGCACCUGACGACCUGUCCCGAGUCCGACUUGGGGCUAUCCCCCCCGGGAGCUGGGUGGUUCUUGUGGAUCGACGGGUCCGGAGGGGCCGGGCUAGCGACGACACCACCUUCUUACGAUACUCUUUCCUGAGAGUCCGGCAAUCCGGUGCUGAACUCGCGCCCGAGCAGCAAUCUCGCGCUGUCGAGAUGGUCGGCGGGCUGACCGACUUCCUGCGCGAAACCGUGCCAGGGACUGAUCUUGCCGCGUGGGAGACACGGGUCGAGCAGGUCGAGAGUGAUUUGGUUUCGGAGUUCACGAGGUCGAACCCACCCAGCACCCCAUCCUCGCCGGAUUUAACGACGAUGAUGGAACGGGCGGACGAGUCGUUCAGGCUUUUGGCCGAGGCUUCCACGGGGAUGAGCGCAUCCACCCCCCCGCCAGAUAUGGAUCGUCCCACGUGGGAGAAACAGAUGCAGGAGGUAUACAGGAAGCUGGCUUCGUAUCAACCUCCGACAAACCCACUCAGCGCCCUGCCCGAGAGCGAUGUUCCCGAUGGAGAAGAACAGGUCGUGGAGUGCUGCGUUGACGUCAGUGUCAUGGCCGAGAGUCAGGCCUCCACUUUGCUAGGCCAAUUAGUGUGA